GCUGUACUGCGCACACACAUACAUACUCACACACACAUAUACACACUACAGCGGAGCACAUUGUUCAUACUGGACUGUCUGCUACAUCUAAUGCAAUCCAGGAAAAUCUCGAAAUAAAUCAAACCUCCUGGAGAGUGACUGUAUCCGGGGAACCAGAGGUGUGGUGAGAGGUUGAAGAGGAGUGAAGGGAUGACUGAAUAUAAGCUGGUGGUGGUGGGCGCUGGAGGCGUGGGCAAGAGCGCUCUCACCAUCCAACUCAUCCAGAACCACUUUGUGGAUGAAUACGACCCCACUAUAGAGGACUCCUACAGGAAGCAGGUGGUGAUUGACGGAGAGACGUGUCUCCUGGACAUCUUGGACACUGCAGGUCAGGAAGAGUACAGCGCUAUGAGGGACCAGUACAUGAGGACGGGCGAGGGCUUCCUCUGUGUGUUUGCCAUCAAUAACACCAAGUCCUUUGAGGACAUUCAUCAAUACAGGGAACAGAUCAAACGGGUAAAGGACUCGGAUGACGUGCCCAUGGUUCUGGUGGGCAACAAAUGCGACCUCCCGGCCCGGACGGUGGACACACGGCAAGCGCAGGAGCUCGCCCGCAGCUACGGGAUCCCCUUCAUCGAGACCUCAGCCAAAACACGACAGGGUGUGGAGGACGCGUUUUACACGCUGGUGCGAGAGAUCCGUCAGCACAAGAUGAGGAAGCUGAACCCGCCGGACGAGAGCGGACAGGACUGCAUGAGCUGCCGCUGCGUCGUGUCGUGAUCCAGCUGACGGGCACGUGUUGGGAGAAGUUUACCCACGGCUCCGUGCGGCAGACUGGACCAGAGAGGGAAGACGUAGCGUCUCAUCUGAAAGCGACUGUUAACGAAAGCGAGCGAGGCCUCCUGCGUAACGAACAUUUGCGACAGGAAGCGGUCUUGCGUUGACCACCGGGUGACCUCUCUGGAUGUCCACGUCUGCCUGAUAAACACCACUAAUGACUUACUCUUUCUCUCGUUUAUUUGUAACCCCAGUCUGCUAAUGCUGGGCGCCUCUGUGGAUUUCUGCUAAAUUAUUGUUCUUGAAGUCUCAACACUGGUCUUAAACGGACUCGGCACGUCACACGACCUCAACGUCACACGCAAACCUUCCUCAGCUCUGACGGACAGACUGGACACUAGUGACCUCAUCCCACGACCCCCGUCCCGCCUCAGCCGCACCUCACGGAAAGCAUAUAUAUGUACAUGUCUGUCGGAAAAAGCGGAAACUCUGUAGAAAUAAUCAGGAGGAGUGUUUUUUUUUUUUUUUUUUUUUUGCUUAACGUGCAGGUUGUUUUAACAUAACGUUUGUGGAAAUCAAACGGGAGCAUUAGUUCUGUGUGCUGGUAAAUAUGUAUGUUAUGAACGAACAUUACCAUUAGAAAAUUAAACAGGCUGACUGAAUUUUCCAAAAUAAAACUCUUGAGUUGUUUGAAGAUAA